GUGACCCCAUACGCAUGCUCAGUGAAGUUACAGUAUCCAUGCAGUGUUGAGCAAGUGAAAAUUGGCCCCAAAAACUAGGAAAGAGGAGGUUUUUUAGUCAUACAUCUCCAACAAUAAACACUAUAAUACACUAUGGCUCUUAAAAGGAUAUCUAAGGAACUGACUGACCUCGGCAAAGACCCCCCUGCUCAAUGCUCAGCUGGACCAGUAGGAGAUGAUUUUUUCCACUGGCAAGCAACAAUAAUGGGUCCGCCUGACAGUCCUUAUCAAGGGGGUGUGUUUUUCCUAACCAUACACUUUCCAACAGAUUACCCUUUCAAACCCCCAAAGGUGGCGUUCACAACGAAAAUCUAUCAUCCGAACAUCAACAGCAAUGGCAGUAUCUGUUUGGAUAUACUCAGGUCACAGUGGUCGCCAGCUCUCACUAUCUCAAAAGUGCUUUUAUCUAUCUGUUCCCUUCUGUGUGACCCGAACCCAGAUGACCCACUUGUUCCAGAAAUAGCACGAAUGUUCAAAUCAGACCGAGCAAAGUAUGGUUCAACAGCAAGGGAAUGGACAAAGAAGUAUGCCAUGUGAAAUGUUAGGCGGUUAUGGAGAGGACACAAUUUACCAUAACGACAGCAUCUGCGAUAGGAGUAAAAUGUCAUCAGUCAUGGACAUUUUGUAGCACUGUGAAUCUUUGGAGUAAACCUCUCUUGGACUUGACAUCUCUUGACUAAUAUGAGAAUAUCCUUUGCAUUGCAAUUUCAACCCACUCCUUCCCAGAGAGGCUUACUCUUGGUGAGAACUCUUCCAUUUUGUUGGUCAUUUGUUUGAUAGUAUCAUAUCCAUUUAUCUAUAGCAUUUGUGAAAAUGGACAAAAUUCCUGGCUUAUCUUAAAAUUAAAUUUGCAAACAAAUGAUCACACCUAUGUUACAAUUAUUUGAAAUAUUAGCAUGUUUGUUCCUGGCUAACAAUACAAAUAUCCCACAACAUGUAAUGUUAUUUAGGUAUUAUUAUGUAAUUCUACUGUCGGCCAAAGUGCUAUCGAUCUAUGCUAUAGUGCUAUAGUGAACCUAAAUUGUCCGUCAGUUUGCCUGAUGAGACACACUUUUUGAUUGUUUGUGUAUUUAUUAGUCAGUGUCAUGUCAAAAUUAACUUAAUUGUUUACUUGAUUUUCUACUGUGUUCUUUGUGCACCCAUAAUCCUCUUUAUGUAAUUGAAAUUAAUUUUAGAAAAAUAUUUGCAGUAUCUUUUGGCGAAGUUAUUAACGAUCAUCUGGAACAUGUUUGAUCCAUGGUUCCAAAGAAGAGUGAAACCAACUUUGUGUCUAUGUGACGCUACAGCAAAGAAUUACUGUCACUCAAGAGAGACAAGAAAGAAGGGAAAAGUAGGCCUAAUGUUAAGGACCUGGAUGGCAUGACCAGUUGGUUGGAUUUAAGUGUGGUUAUGGCUUUAGAGUUUGGUCUUUGUAUUACAAACUGUGAUAAGACAUAUCUGUUACAUCUUAAAAAGAAUGCUUGACAGGUGGAAGAUGGCAAUUUAAAAAGACAUUGAUUAAGCUGAUAUCAAUUUAGAAUACUCCAAUUCAAAAGGUCAGUAACCAUUUUAACAGGAUUCACUUUGGAACUACUGUUACAUGAAAGGGGCACUAUGUAAUAUGUUUCAGCUCAUAUGAACUUUGUUAUCGGGCCUGUUUGUCAUUUCUUGUUCAAUGUCAUCUCUGAAAUCUGGGAAAUGUUAAAACAGCUUCAUGUUGCUACCGAUAAUGACAUAAACAUAAGCUAUUAACAGUCUGUCAGGACUUUUUUUUAUAUUGAAAACAAAUGACUGGAGAAUAUUGAAGUUGGCAAUAUCAUCCCAUCUGGAACCACUUGAUGGUUGAAGCUAAUUUGUGGCAGUAACUCCAACAGUCAGUACAAGAUUUCUUCAACUGUUUCCGAGCAAAAGUGCUUCAUAUUGUGAAAAACAAAACACAAUAUAAUCUUAUGUGAAGUUACAUAUGACUUCAGCAGGCCAAAAUUGUUCCCAUUUUUACCCCUUGUCUGCAUUAUUGCAAGUUUAGAAACAAAACAAGUCAGUUGCAGUUAAUUUAGUGUCUUUAAUAAUGUAAACUGUGUGAUAUAAAAUGAGUUCAGUGCAUAUGAUUUGACUCAUAAAUUAUAAGUACUUGCGCAUUAGCAUUGAGACUUGUAAUUAAUGUGAGAGUAUUAAUGCUGUCUUAGAAGAAAAACAUUGUUCCUUUAUUAUACGAUUUAUAAAUAUCUUAUUGAGAUACAAUACCAUGACUGCCCUUACCUUUGAAUCAAGGUAUCAUGAUCAGCAUAUAUGCAUCUGGUUACCUUCUCAUCAGCUAAAGUUCCACUGUGGUUUUCGGAAAAUGUCUGGUGAAAAUAUGAACAGGUGAGGUACACUUCUGUGGCACUGCAUGUUACUGUGCCUUUGUACGAGAACACCAGUAUCUCCACCUCUCAGAAUCACAUAUGUUACAUCAUUGAAUACACUGAAUGUUGAAUAACUUUAGGUUUGCAGAUUUUAAUUACAAAAGUUGUUAUGGGUAACAACAAGUGUCUGUAAUAUGAACCAACUAAUCAUGUUUGUGUUUAAAAAUACAUAUAUGUGAACAGAAUGUAACAGUUUAUUAUGCCUAAAUACACACUAUGAUCCUAAGCCUUUCUCAUCAGGUCAUUGACUGUUCCCAGUUUUCUGUAAGGCUUGGUAAAAUGGUUACUGACAAUGCCAUCCUUUCUGUUCAUGUCACCACCACAUUUAGUUCAGUGUGGCAAGAAAUUUAGGACAUGUUCCUGGUUAGAAUGAACUGAACCUGUGUUGUAUUAAGAUAGAAGUAUAUCCUGAUAAAUCCAUUUGGCCAUAUGUACAGUGGGGGGGUUGUGUAUGAAAACAUUUAUAUUGCAAUAAAAGUGUAAAUUUCU